AUGGGCUCUCUCGCAAAGUUGGCAGAUGGUUUCUCGGCAGGUCCUAGGGGUAUCGAUGGCCGCACGAGCGUUGGUGGCAGCGGGCUGAGCCGUGGCAAUGUUACGAGCCACUUAUUUGUGCUCACCCUGGCCGAUGCAGUAAGGGACGGGGUAGGUGGUGCUGUUGCAAAGGCGGAUGACACCCUUGACCCAGGCAAGGUUGCCGUAGGACUGGUCAGCGUAGCUGUCGGAGGUGAAGGCAUCGACGGUGGGGCUGUCGGUGCAUCCAGAGAAGAUGUUGCCAGUGACGCGGCGGACGUUGGGCUGGGAGACGACGAGGCCGGCGGCACGGCGCUCAAGAGCGUCGUACUCGGAAGCCUUCAUGACAGUGUGGGUGCCGUCCUCACCAACAACGAUGACAUCGUCGAAGUUGAGGGGGGCGGGGCCAGGAGCCGGAGCGGCUACAGCAGCGCCAAUGAGGCCGGCAGCGACUUUGGACUUUCGCUCUCGGAUGUUCGCAAGACGGCUUCUGCGUCUGUCAAGCCGCUCGCCCAUGCCCAUGACUCUCCAUGGCAUCCACGGGGAAGCGCACAUGCGCGCGCUCGCCAGGCCGAAGGGGUUGGAAUGGAUAUCGUUGCCAAGAAUCCCUACGGGGCUGCCGGCAUGACCACCAUGACACCAGAGCGUGGUGAUCGGGCCAGCCGGUCAGGGCUCGAUAGGCCCAGCGACAGUACGACCAUGCGCUGA